AUGCAGGACUCAACCACAGCCCUUGCUAUGGACGGUUACACCAGCAAUGUGCCGGCCUUCCUUACCAAGCUGUGGACUCUGGUUGAAGAUCCUGAGACGAACCAUCUUAUCUGCUGGAAUACGAAUGGCACCAGCUUCCAUGUUUUUGAUCAGAGUCAGUUUGCAAAAGAAGUCCUGCCCAAAUAUUUCAAGCACAACAACAUGGCCAGUUUUGUCCGCCAGCUGAAUAUGUAUGGGUUUAGGAAAGUGGUAAAUAUCGAACAAGGAGGACUCGUGAAGCCCGAACGUGACGAUACGGAAUUCCAGCAUCUUUAUUUCCUGCAAGGUCACGAGCAUCUUUUGGAGCUGAUCAAAAGGAAGGUGUCUGUGGUGAAGAGUGAAGAAACCAAGAUGCGCCAAGAAGAUCUCAGCAGACUUUUGUAUGAGAUUCAAGUCCUCCGGAACCAGCAGGAGAUGAUGGAGUGUCAAGUUCAGGAUGUGAAACAGCAGAACGAGGUUUUAUGGAAAGAAGUUCUGUGUCUCCGGCAAAACCAUUUGCAGCAUCAGAAGGUGAUCAAUAAGCUGAUUCAAUUUCUGUUUGGCCAGCUCCAGCCCAGUCCCAGCAGUCCUGGGAUAAAGAGAAAACGGCCUCUCAUGUUGGAUGACGGGAACUCUGCCCCACAGGUGACCAAAUUCCGAAGACCUCUGCCUCUGGAUCCCUUUCACGAGCCUUGCUACAUUCAGUCUCCAUCUGCAGAACAUGCCUCGUGUUUAAACGGCCCUGUUCUGAAAGGGGCCACCAUUUCUGAUGUUUCCGAAGCCACCCAGCCCAGUCCAGCACCUUUGCAGCUGCCUCCAGACAGCGAGAGAACAGUCAUUCCUGAUCUCUGGGACGGGGCUGAUCUGAAUUUGGAAGGCUUCCAGAUCUUUCUAAGAAACCAGCAGUACAAUGUGGAAACCACCAGAUCUUUGGAGGCCUUCAAUCCCAUGAUCCCUUCGAGUGAGUGGACUUUAAACGACGUGGAGGCUGAUUUACCUGGGUUUGUGGUUUUUUUGCAUCAGGCUGCAGAUGCUCACUGUGGAACAACCGGAGAAGAGCACAAAUAA